GUACAUCACUGGAAUGAAGCUGGGGUAACAUGCGAAAUGCGCACGAGACUGUGGCAUGACCACGUACGGAGUCAUUUGUGAACGCAAAGACUUUCAAUGUUCAGAAACACUUCUACUAUUUAACGUUGCAUGUACACACAGCGCCGUCGGGAGUCCAUGGUGCAGAGGCGCGCGCGCGCACACACACGUCACUGUGCUCGUUUUAUGAUGUAGGGGACGCUGCAGACGGGCAGUGAGUCAGCAGCUGCUGCUGCGUGUGCCUCAUCUACACACUGAAGAGCUGUUCUGUCAACGAAAAACUGCUUCGAACGGAUCCUGCGCAGCGCAGAAAUGGCGGUUCCCGCAGCCGCGGAUGCGCGGCCGAACUCGGCGAGACAGAGCGGCCCGACGAAGAGCUCCGAGCCCGAGUUGGACAUCGGGGAGAAGGAGUGGGAGAAAAUAACGCGGAGCAGCGGCGGGGACGGAACCUCUCUACCGCUCCACUCGCCCUGGACCUUCUGGAUCGACCGAUCAUUGCCAGGUACAACAGCAGCGGAAUGUGAAUCAAACCUGAAGAAAAUCUACACCGUUCAGACGAUUCAGAGCUUCUGGAGUGUCUACAACAACAUCCCUACAGUCUCUUCCCUGCCGCUGAGGUGUAGCUAUCAUUUAAUGAGAGGGGAGAGGAGACCACUGUGGGAAGAAGAAAGUAAUGCCAAGGGUGGUGUUUGGAAGAUGAAAGUGCCCAAAGAAAGCACUACCGCGGUUUGGAAGGAGCUGCUGCUUGCCACCAUCGGAGAGCAGUUUACAGAUUAUUGUGCUUCAGAGGAUGAAGUAGUUGGUGUAAGUGUCAGCGUGCGGGAUCGAGAGGACGUCGUUCAGAUCUGGAAUGGAAGCGCCGCUCUUGCCAGCGAAGCCAAAGUCCUCGGGAAAAUUUAUGAACUUCUCCCGCAAAUAUCUUUUAAGGCCGUAUUUUAUAAGCCGCAUGUUGAGCACCGUGCCUUCGAGGGAGGCCGAUCCAGACAUUAACAGCCACUGAACCCCCGUGUUGAGAAAAGGAAGGGGAUGAAAAAUACCCCCUAGGGUGAUCACUACUCUGCCGACUUUGGAAUUUCAGUUGUCCUUGCGUUAUAUUCCCAUCUGGCUGCACUUCUCGUUGACUCAGAAUCAAAAUGUGAAACCCCAUCUUGGCGUUUAUGGGUAGACAUUUGCGUUGCGGACAUUUAGAGUGGUACCUAGGGAUGUAAGAAGGGCCUUGCCUUGUAUGUGCAGGGAUUGUAGCGUGUUGCCACUGAUCAGCAUGUACCUUUGGCCAGUGAUGUCACAAGCAGAAGCUCAUCGACUGCCUUACAAAGAUGGCUUUCACUUCACUGUAUCACCAUGGCAGCUGAUGCAGUGAGAACGAGCCGACUGCACCUUGCGGUGAUGUUCUCCAACACGUCACGUGGGGAAUAAUGCUGAAAUAGGAUUAUUGUAGAAUUGCUGUGCACUGAUUUUUUUUAUGUCUGCACAUGUGGUAAAUCGUGCUUUGUCUGUUUUCAGUCUGCAACCAUCACACACAGACAGAAAGGAUAACAUGAAGUUUGGUGCCAAAAAAAUGUCCACCUUUGCAGCAGUGACUCUUCUGUUUAAUGAAGUAGACAGCUCACAAAAUUGCGUGCAGGGACAGCUAUGAGUAACAUUGAGCCUGUUUUACCUGUUAUGACUUUAGCAAGCUGAAUAUUAUUUUUAAUUUUGUCUCUUGGGAUUAAAAAAUUAUGCAAAAAUGUUUAUUAGCGUUAUGUUACACAGUACAUGGAAAAAAUGUGUUUAACUGGACAGAUGUUUGCUUAUAGUUUUGUGAUUGACAGAACACUUUUUUUUUUUUUUUUUUAGCCCUUUCUCAGAAAUGUAAGAAUAAUCAGCCUUUUUUUGUUGAAUUGAAUAAUGUUACAUUCUGUUGUUUGACUUCAUUUUCUUGGGCCAUUCAUUUGACUCCUGCAAUAUCAGGAAUCAGAGCAGAUGCUGUGAUUUAACAGGUUUUUUCUCUUGAACUUACCACAAGUGGUUCACAGGGUGUCCUUAAUUUGCUGGGUCUUUUUCCCUAUGAAUUCAGUGUUACUCACUGAGCUGUGUUUUCAGGUGGCUUUAUUUGUAUUUGUGUCUGAAUAUUUGUGUGACAAAAAUAUUUUCUCUAUUGCUUUUAAAAAAUAUGCCACCAGAGUUUGGGUAGAAGGUGUAUUUUCUUUACUUUUUUUUAUUUUUACCAAAGAGGCUGUUUCCUUUUCUGGUUCUUUCUCCACAUUGUAAUGGGUUCAUCAAGUACUGCACAAACAAAGCAAUGACUGUACACUUUAUCUGCCUAAAUUUUUAUUAGACAAUACUAAACUUUUUUUUUUUUUAAAACCAGUAGUACAAUAUUUUUAUAUUAGUUUCCUACAGUUAUACAUUGUCUGGAAUUUUAGAAAUAAAAUGUUUUAAAAUUUAUUCUUGAAUGUAUGUUACAUUUUGUUUUCUAUCUGCCAAAGCAGAAUCAGUAGAUCAGGGAAAGGCUGCUUUGUGACUCAGGUCUGUCAUUUGAAAAUGCGCCAAAAGCACAAUAAAUGUCAAGCCAGUAAUAUUUAGAGGUGAAAUAAUUUUGACAUGUAUGCAUUUAUAAGUAUUGCUUUUUGUUAUUCCUAGGACAUAUUGCUGUGAGAGCAUAUAUGGAAAUUUUUUUAUUUUUCUUAUUUUGUUAAUCCUUGGUUGCCACUAAAGAUCUGAGACCUCACACUGAUUUGAGUUUCUCUUUUGGAAUUGUGCCUUGUGCCAUAGUUUCAAUCUUGAAGUGUGUUGAUUUAUUUGAGCAUAUUUAAUCAUUUGUAAAGAAAAUACAUUUUUGCCUGUAGGUUAAAAAAAUAAACAAGUUAAAUUGUUGAUGUGGCUUUACUGUUAUUUUGUAUUCAUUUAGAUGGUGCAUUUCUUCAACAUGUGGGGGGCGCAGUGGCGCAGCAGGUUUGGCCG